AUUAAUAAAUGAAAGGGAAAUGGACACCCCCACCAAAAGCGAGACGAGAGACGGAAAAAGGAAUUAGUGAUCUCGGGCAUUGCCUUUUGUUUUGGGGGUCCAGGCACCAAAAAUUUCCCUCUGAAUCGCUUCCCCCCCAGAUCCGGCAAUCCUCUCGUCGACUUCGUUUAAUUCUCCCUUCUUUCUUCGAGUUUGUUUCUUUCCCCUGACAUUCCAACGAGAGGAUCAAGCGGAAAACACCCUAACAAAUUACUCGUCUUCGUCUCCGCUACUUCUUCCUUCCCGACUUUACCUUUCGAACCCCCAAUUAGCUGAGCUCGCCGGAAGAUCAUUCUAACCCUCGGCUGCCCGUUGCACUUGUUGCGUUGUUAUGGUGCAUCAGCAACUGCUUACAGUGCACUGGAGGUGGGAUAUAAAUGUUGAACUUGCAAUGUUCUCAGAUGGGUUGUGUUGAUGAUGAUGAGCUUGCCGGUAUAGAGGAUAUGAGUGAUGGGGAGGAUGAAAGUGAUGAAACUGUGUUGACUGAUGCAAAACGUUCAUCAGGAAGUCAGACGGGGAGAAAGUGUUGCCCAAAUAGUGAUCUUGGGGGAAAUUCAGGGCACGUUAAUAUGAGGAAAGAGGGAGGAGGAUUCACAAAAUCAUUUUGUUUAAGUCAACGUCUAAGGGCUCUGUUUGGUCAACUAUUAAUGAGGUCUGUGAUCAGUUUGUUGUUUCUAGGUUGCCUUGCUGAUUCGGGUCAGUCCUGUCCCAAAACCAGCUCCUUCAUUGGGUUUGAGUCCCAAUUCUUCAUGGUGCAGCACCAGCUUCGUGGAGUGAUGACCAUAGUUGAUGACUGCUCAUUUAGGGUUUCUGAAUUUGACAUGUUACCUGGCUUGGAUGUUCACUGGUGGGGAGCAAGUGCUACUGAUUUUGUCAACAUCACCAAGGGCUUUGUGGUCUCUGAUCAAAAUCUUAACGAGACAUUUAAAAAUGCAUCUUUUGUUGUUAAAUUGAGUAAAAAUGUCACUUGGGAGAAGUUCCAAGUCCUUUCGGUUUGGGACAUUCCCACAGCCUCUGAUUUCGGUCACAUUAUUCUGAAGAAUGAGUCUGCGCUAGCCUCCAGAUUAAGCCCUGCUUUGCCUCCAAUGCCAUCCGAUAACAAUGCUAGUCAAGGUAAAGAGAAAGGUCGGAUCUUUACUGUACCAACAAUGUUUGAUAACUGCAAGGUACUGUCUAAAGACUAUCGAGUAAGAUGGAGUCUGAGUGCCAAUAAGACUUUCAUCGAUAUAGGAUUGGAAGCAGCUAUAGGCAUCCAGAAUUAUAUGGCAUUUGGAUGGGCCAAUCCGAAAUCCAAUUCAGAUUUAAUGAUUGGUGCCGAUGUAGCUGUGGCUGGGUUCACCGAAGAAGGAUGGCCAUUUGCUGAUGAUUUUUUCAUUACAAAGUAUGGUGAAUGUACUGUAAACAAGGAUGGUUCAGCAGAUGGUGUUUGCCCUGAUACCAUAUUUGAAGGAUCAGGCCCAGUGGGUUUGGUGAACAACACUCAGACCAUCUAUGGCCACAGGAAGGAUGGUGUAUCCUUUGUCAGGUACAGGAGGCUGUUGAUUCCGGUAGACAAGAAAUAUGACUUGCCCGUGAAUUAUACACAAAAGAUGAACGUGAUAUGGGCAAUAGGUUUGAUGAGGCCGCCAGAUUCAUUUAGGCCUUACUACCUGCCUCAAAAUCAUGGAGGUCCAGAGGCUGUAACUUAUGGACAUCGCCGGCUUAAUGUGUCUGAGCAAGUGAAUGAUUGUUUUGGGCCACUGGAUGCUGCAGAGAAGGAGGAUCAGGAUUUGAUAAUUGCAGAUGGAAAUGUGCCUCUUGUUGUUACUUCUGGACCUGCACUACACUAUCCUAAUGCUCCCAACCCAGCGAAGGUACUUUACAUAAAUAAGAAGGAAGCUCCAGUUUUAAGAGUUGAAAGAGGUGUACCAGUAACUUUUUCUGUAGAAGCGGGACAUGAUGUUGCGUUGUAUAUAACUUCGGACAUGCUUGGCGGGAAUGCCACAUUGAGAAACAACACAGAAACCAUCUAUGCAGGAGGGCCUGAAGCCGAGGGUGUUCCAGCUAGUCCAAUGGAAUUAGUUUGGGCGCCAGAUAGAAAUACACCCAAUCAAGUAUACUAUCAAUCGUUGUAUCAGCAGAAAAUGGGAUGGAGGGUUCAGGUUGUUGAUGGGGGUCUAUCCGAUAUGUACAAUAACAGUGUUUUCCUUGAUGAUCAGCAAGUAACCUUCUUUUGGACAUUGUCUGAUGAAAGCAUAUCGAUUGCAGCUCGAGGAGAGAGAAAAAGUGGUUAUGUUGCAAUAGGGUUUGGUACGGGAAUGGUGGACAGCUUUGUUUAUGUUGGUUGGGUUGAUGAUGAAGGCAAAGGGCAUGUGAGAACAUAUUGGAUUGAUGGAAAGGAUGCGUUGAGAGUGCAUGCUACGAAUGAGAAUCUGACUUAUGUAAGGUGCAAAUCUGAGAACGGGAUCAUUACCUUAGAGUUUACAAGGCCCUUGAAACCCACAUGUGUUCACAGACGCCGGAUAGAGUGCAAAAACAUUAUUGAUCGCACAAGUCCUCUUAAGGUUGUGUGGGCAAUGGGUGCUAGUUGGUCAGAUGAACAGCUGAGUGAGAAAAACAUGCAUUCAGCAACAAGUCAAAGGCCCGUACGUAUUUUACUCCUGGGUGGAUCUACAGAAGCGGAGCAAGAUAUUCGACCGGUGUUGGCUGUGCAUGGAUUCAUGAUGUUCCUUGCUUGGGGUAUUUUACUCCCUGGUGGUAUUCUUGCAGCUAGAUACUUGAAGCAUGUUAAGGGCGAUAGUUGGUAUCAGAUUCAUGUCUACUUGCAGUACUCAGGUUUGGCUAUCGUCUUGCUCGGCUUUCUUUUUGCAGUAGCUGAACUUCGUGGUCUGUAUGUGAGUUCAUUGCAUGUUAAGUUUGGGCUUGCUGCUGUAUGUUUGGCAUGCGUCCAACCGGUGAAUGCUUUCAUGAGGCCCAAAAGACCUGGUAAUGGAGAAGAAGUCACCAGGAAAAGGCUUAUGUGGGAGUACUUACAUGUCAUCGUUGGAAGGUCUGCCAUCAUCUUCGGGAUCGUUGCGUUGUUCACCGGGACGACACAUUUGGGGGAUAGAUAUGGAGGGGAAAACGUUCAUGGUUAUAUUUGGGCAAUGAUAGCUUGGUUCUUGAUUGGAGGGUUGAUGUUAUUUUAUCUUGAACAUAGAGCUAGGCAGAGAAUGAGAGGCAGAGUAUAUGCAGGAAGAAGUAACUGGGUGCUGGGUAAUGUGGAAGAAGAUGAUUCUGUUGAUCUCCUGAACCCAACUAGGGCUUCUGCCGAAACGGGUUCGCAACAGUCUGGAAGAAUGGAAGUCCAGCUAGAACCUUUGAAUAGAUAAUUAAGAUACCGGUGUGGUAACUCAUCAAUUUUGGUAUGAAGUCAUCAAUCAUCCUUCUCCUCCAAUCUGGCAAGUUUGCUUGGGAGUUUUACUCUUGAACCAUCUAUUCCAAUAACCUCCUGCAUUCAUUCAGCCCAGGUUGCGUUUUGUAUACUUGACACGCCUUUGAAUUGAAGAUGAUAGAAUAUAGAGUUUUCCAUUCCUGAUAUCUUGAUAUAAAGAGCUUUUUAAAAAAAAAAAAAUUUGCUUGUACACUAACUCAGAUACAUGUUAGUACAGUAGCAGCUUGUAACUUUUAUUUACAUGAUGAUGUUUGGUUUCACCUUGAUGUAGCUGUUCAAUGGCCU